GAUAACUUUCUGGGCAUGCGUAUAUGGGAACUUGUAGUGUUUUUAAUUCCACAUGUUUUGUUUAAAUAAUUAUUACAAAUUUUUAAAUAAAUUAUAAUGACCCAGUUAUAUGUGCUCUUCGAGCAUGCCGCUGGCUAUGGCAUAUUCAAAGUUAAAGAGUUCGAAGAAAUUGGAAUGCUGUUACCGCAGGUGGAAGCGUCAAUUAGUGACUUAUCAAGAUUUAACAGCGUCGUGAAGCUGGUGGGGUUUUCUCCGUUUAAAAGUGCCGUCACUGCACUCGAAAGUAUCAACGCUAUAUCAGAAGGUCUCCUUCCAGAAGAUUUAAUGCACUUCAUAGAUAUUACGGUACCUAAAAGUGGUAAGAAAGAAAAAGUUUGUUUGGGCGUCUUCGACCCUAAGCUUGGGGCUGCCAUCACCGAGUCUUUAGGCAUUCAAUGUAACCAUGUGGGUGCGGUUCCUGAAAUUCUCCGAGGUAUUCGGCAUCAUUUUCCUAACCUUGUAAAGGGUUUUACUUCGAAAAGUUCCGCAGUUGCACAGCUUGGCUUGGGUCAUUCCUAUUCUCGUGCGAAAGUGAAGUUCAACGUGAACAGGGUUGACAACAUGAUCAUUCAAUCGAUUGCAUUACUUGAUCAGCUGGAUAAGGAUAUUAACACGUUUGCGAUGAGAAUAAGAGAGUGGUACUCCUAUCACUUUCCAGAAUUGGUAAAAAUUGUUCCAGAAAAUUAUAUGUUCGCUCAAUUGUGCAAGUUUAUCAAGAAUCGUAAAGACCUCACACAAGAUUCUGUGGAAGGAUUGGAGGAGAUUGUUAUGGAUUCAUCCAAAGCACAAGCCAUAUUAGACGCAUCACGAUCAAGCAUGGGCAUGGAAAUCAGUCCCAUCGAUAUGAUUAACAUUGAAAUGUUUGCUAGUCGUGUUAUUGCAUUGGCUGAUUACCGCAAACAACUUUCUGAAUAUUUAAAAACAAAGAUGGGCGAUAUUGCUCCUAAUCUAGCCACCUUAAUCGGAGAUCUUGUUGGGGCAAGAUUAAUAGCACGAGCGGGCUCUUUGACAAACCUUGCCAAGUAUCCGUCUUCAACUGUACAAAUUUUGGGAGCUGAGAAAGCUUUGUUUAGAGCUUUAAAAACCCGAGGCAACACCCCAAAGUACGGACUUCUAUUUCAUUCGACAUUCAUUGGACGGGCGGCAGUUAAAAAUAAAGGUAGAAUUUCCCGAUAUUUGGCGAACAAAUGUUCAAUCGCUUCAAGAAUCGAUUGCUUUGCCGAGCAACCCACGAACAUUUUCGGAAAUAAACUCAAGCAGCAAGUGGAAGAUCGGCUUAAAUUUUACGAGACUGGAGAUAUUCCUAAAAAAAAUAUUGAUGUUAUGAAAGAAGCCUUAGAAGAAGUUCAGUUGGCUACGAAAACGGAAAAGAAGAAAAAGAAGAAGCGUAAAUCGGAAUCGAAUCAUGUAUCAAAUGCCACCAAUGGAUCUGUUGCAGAGGAAACUCAGAAUUCAGAUGAACCGCCCAAGAAGAAGAAGAAAAAGAGUAAGAAACAGAGCGAGAAUCAAAAUUGAGGUAGUUUCAUACUUUUAUUUUUAAAAUAUCUAUGUAGUUUGUAAGUUUGUUUAUUUGUGGAAUUAACGAUUAAGAGGGUAAGCAAAAUUGUAACAUUCUUGAAAAAUUAGCAAUUAAAAAUAUUAUAUUAGUUA